UAUAUUACAGUCCCGCUUUAACUCUGCCUCAUUAAACUGGCCAAGGACGCAGAUAAAAACAGAGAGAAGAGCGCAAAACAUUUUUGGCCAAUAGAAAGUCCAUCGUUUCCAGCAAGAAAAAAGAAAAGAAAAAACUACCAGACCAGACGCAUCAGAAAGUAUAGUCAACGAAAAUCGUCAAGAUGGUUUCAACUUGUUUGGAAUUAGUGAAUUUGGGAUUAUGCCUAUGCGGCACGCUCCUGGUGAUGGUGGCGUGUGGACUGCCCUCGUGGAAAGUGUCCGCUUAUAUUGCGGGCAACAUUGUGACCUCUCAAACCAUAAACGACGGGUUGUGGAUGUCGUGUGUGAUACAGAGCACGGGACAGUUGCAGUGCAAGGUGCACGACUCCCUGUUGUCGCUCGGCAAAGACCUUCAGAUCGCACGUGCUUUAACGGUCAUCUCCUCGGUCAUGGGCAUAAUCGGAAUGUUUGUGGCUAUUGCCGGUGCGCAAUGCACCAACUGCUUCACGACGCAGACAGUGAAAGCCAAUCUGGUUAAAGUCGGCGGUGCAAUUUUCAUUAUCAGCGGGUUGUUCGUCCUGGUACCUCUGUGUUGGAUGGCGAAUAAUAUAAUAGCAGAUUUCUACAACUCGGAAGUCCCAUCAACGAAGAAACGCGAGAUUGGAGCCGCAAUUUACAUUGGAUGGGCAGCUGCAGCACUCCUGUUGCUUGGCGGCUCAAUGUUUUUCCUCCCAUGCCUGGCGACUCCUAGCUUUUCUUACCCAGUUAAAUACGCCUCAACGAAAAUGACCUCGCAAAAUGGGGACUUUGGUAAAAACAACUAUGUCUAGCUCAGCAUUUUCUUUUUGUGGAUAAAUAUGUUGCUUUUUCCCAAUGCAACGAAGUACCCUCUGCCCCCAAUAAUAAUUUGAACGGGUAGGCCCACUGGACUUGAAAAAAAAACAUUGAUGACAAAUCAACAGAUGAUAGCCAGAACUGUUAAAAACAGAUGUUCAGUAGAACAGUAGAUACUUGCAUUGUAUUUCUUAUUAUCUGUAAUUAUUAUUUGCAUUCAUCUUAAACCUUAAACCUUUAAAAUGCCACCGGGGAAAAGUUCUCUGUACAUCAGUUUGAUUUAGUUUCUCUCUGUGUAGGCUGUUUUGCUUUGAUACUUUAGUCUACAAAGAAUUGCCUAUACAAUGUAUACGUUAUAGUAGACUCACUAGUGCAUCGAUGUUCCUUUCUCCUGUCAUUGUAUUUUGGAGUGACAUGUUAUGUCUAUAAUGAACGCAAAUUACCGUAUUUACCGACACUGUAUCGUGGCAAAUAUGGUCUGCAUGUUAUCAAACUUUAAAAGUGGCUAAUAGGAAGAAUCUGUGUACAUGUGUACAGUGAAAUAGCAGGAUGCUGUCGUAUUUAUAACCUGACAACGUGUAUAUCUCUCCACGGUAGAACUGCAUCGGGUUACAUACUUUGUAGUCUCAUUAAAUACAAUACGUGAAUAAACAGUUAUUUUAAAUA